GCGGUGCUUUUACAUGACUCGUGUAACAAGUGUACCAGAAGGGCUUUCUUUACAGUUUUUGAAACACACAGUUCUAUAUAUUUUUUUCUUCAAAAUAGUAAAGCUCCUAUUUAAAAACCACACAAAUAGAUGAUCAGAUAAUAGAUUCAAGUAGAAAACGAGGGUCUGCGCCCCCUCAAAGAGCCCAUCAUGAAGCUUACGGACAAUGUGCUGCGGAGCUUCAGGGUUGCAAAGGUUUUCCGAGAAAAUUCAGACAAAAUCAACUGUUUUGAUUUCAGCUCAAACGGCGAAACCAUUAUUUCUAGCAGCGACGAUGACUCCCUGGUUUUAUACGAUUGCCAAGAGGGAAAACCCAAGCGGACCCUCUACAGUAAGAAGUAUGGAGUGGAUCUGAUCAGGUACACACAUGCAGCCAACACCGUGGUCUACAGCUCCAACAAAAUUGAUGACACUAUUCGGUACCUCUCCCUCCAUGACAACAAGUACAUCCGGUACUUCCCCGGACACAACAAAAGAGUGACGGCUCUCUCCAUGUCCCCUGUGGAUGACACGUUUAUCUCAGGAUCUUUAGACAAGACAAUCCGGCUAUGGGACCUGCGGUCUCCGAACUGCCAGGGCCUGAUGCACCUCCAGGGGAAGCCAGUUUGCUCCUUUGAUCCUGAGGGUCUGAUUUUUGCUGCUGGUGUGAACUCCGAGAUGGUCAAAUUGUACGACCUGCGAUCCUUUGACAAGGGUCCUUUUGCUACCUUCAAGCUACAGUACGACCGUACCUGUGAGUGGACAGGACUCAAGUUUAGCAAUGAUGGGAAGCUCAUCCUUGUCUCAACCAAUGGGGGUGCUCUCCGCCUCCUCGAUGCCUUCAAGGGCGCUGUGAUGCAUUCCUUUGGGGGCUACAACAAUAGUAAAGCUGUGACGUUGGAGGCCUCCUUCACUCCUGACUCUCAGUUUAUUAUGAUCGGCUCUGAGGAUGGGAAGAUCCACAUGUGGAAUGCAGAGAGUGGGAUGAAGGUGGCUGUUCUGGAUGGGAAGCACACGGGUCCCGUCACCUGCCUUCAGUUCAACCCCAAAUUCAUGACUUUUUCUAGUGCCUGUUCAAACAUGGCAUUCUGGCUCCCCACUAUUGAUGAUUGAUUGAGAGAGCGAGAUGCUAUGGAAGCCACAGGCAACGUGAGAUCCCAUUUAAAACCAGCAGGCGUCAGCACAUCCAGCUCUUUGUGUGUGUGUGUGUGUGUGUUGCCAAUUCAAGUUGAUUGUAAAUAUGUAGAACUUCAGGAAUAUAAAUUGUCAGAUUUUUGUGUUCUUUUUAUACUUGUAACAUUAAAUGUUUUCUUUUUCUAA